AUGGGUGGGUCAUGUUCGACAUGUUGUGCAUCUGUUGUAUUACCAACGAACCUUUCAUUCAAUGAAAUACCAGUUUCGACUACCGUGUCAAUCAAUCCUAAAUCCACGCGUAUUAUUGAAAAUUGUAUUAUUAUUUGGCUUUUUGAUGAUCCUUCAAAUAAAUUUGAAAAUGAAAAAAAACAAUUGAGUCGUCUCAUUUAUGGAUUUCAAAUAUUUACUAAUCCUGAUACAUGUAUUAAUUAUAUAAGAGAUAUUCAAGAUGAAAAAGUUUUUCUUAUUAUAUCUGUAACAUAUCAAUCUGUUCAAUAUAUUCAUGAUUUACCACAACUUGAAAAAGUCUAUAUAUUUGAUUCAUUUUCUUGCGAUGAUCGAAAUUGUACUUUAUCAAAUAAUACUUUUCAUGAUAUUAAUAAUCUUUGUAAACAAUUACAAUAUGAUAUUGAAUUAUGUGAAUUAGAUUUAAUAUAUUUUUCUGUUAUAUCAAAUUCAAUGCAUGAUAUGAAGUCAUCUAUGACUUUAACUAAAGAACAAGCAUCAUUUGUUUUUAUACAACUUACAAAUGAAAUAAUAGCUCGUCUAAAAUUUGAAAGUGUUGCUAAAGAUGUAUUUAUAGAUUUUUCUCGAAAACAUUAUACAAAUAAUCCUGAACAAUUACAUCUUAUUGAAGAAUUUGCAAAAUAUUAUCGCCCAAAUUUAGCACUUGGUUGGUUAAAAAGAUCAUGUUUUAUUUCGAAAAUACUAAAUCGUGUAGAACGUACACGUGAAAUUGAUAUUCUUUACAAACUUGGCUUCUUUAUCAAACAUCUUAAUGUGCAACUAGUACGUUUAUAUGAAGAGAAUGAGUUACUAAUGAAAAAUAUCUCUAUUGUGUAUCGUGGUAAAACUAUGUUGACUGAAGAAUUUGAUGCAUUAAUCAAGAAUAGUUAUGAUGGUCUUUUAUCAUUCUCUAAUUUUCUUGUAACUACUAUAAAUAAGGAAAAUGCUAUCGAUUUUAUUCAUCGUCGACUUACAACACGUCAAAAUAUGAUUGGAAUCGUUUUCGAAAUACAUAUUGACCAUAUGAUAUUUAAUGAAGAAGCUCCAUUUGCUUUACUUACAGGCAAUUCGACGAAAAAUUAUGAGAUCUGUUUUAGUGCGGGUACUGUUUUUCGAAUCGAAUCAAUUAAACAAUUUACAGAGAGUUCAUUAAUAAUCUGGUUCGUAACAUUAGUAUUAAUUAGACAUGAUGAUCCACAGCUGGAGCACAUCUUAAAACCAUUUCGGACUAGUGAACUACAUGAAAAUCCACUUUCACAUUUAGGUAAACUACUUAUGGAUAUGGGAGAAUAUAGACGUGCUGAACAAUGCUUUCUAGAAAUGAUAAAUGACACUUCUAUUCUAAGUCAACCUCGUCGUCUUGUACGUGUCCAUAAUGGACUUGGUGCUAACUAUCUACAUAAAGGCGACUAUGCUUCAGCAUUAGAACAUUAUAAACAAGCACUUCAAGUGAGCUUAACAUAUUUAUCACCAGAUCAUGAUGAGCUCGCUCCCAUGUACAAAACUAUUGCUGAUUGUUAUUUAAAUCAAAAUGAUUAUAGUCAAGCUUUACAAAACUAUGGACGAGCAAUCAAUUUAAUAGAGAACGGGCUAAAUUCGCCAAAAGCUCACAUGAUUACUGAAUUACGAACUCUUGUCACACAUGAACGUGUUAAUCUUGAUGAUUUAUCAGCUUUGUUAUCAGAACGUACACGAAUUAUUGCCAUACCAUAUGUUAGUAAUCUUAUUGGUGAAAUUCUUGAUAUUGAAUCUAUUGUAAAACUUGUUCGUCAAAAAUGUCCAUGUGCACGUGUUAUUGUUGACGGUGUAGCUUAUGCAUCUCAUCGAGCUAUUGAUGUUUAUAGUUCUCAUAUAGCUGUUUUAUAUGGUUCAAAUGCUGCUUGGCAAGAACUUGUUGACAUAUCUGCUAUAUCUAAUCAUUUCUUUAUCCCACAAUCGGAUAUUUCAUAUCAAUAUGAACUUGGAUGUCUUAAUCAUGAAGCAUGUGCACGUAUUUUAGGUGUUAAAUCUUAUUUUGAAUGA